GUUUAAGAAAUUGUUCAAGUUGCAUGUCGGGCCGUCGGUACUCGGAUGCUCCUACACCAGAUAAUCUUCGAGGUUCAACAUUUGACAUGUCUCGAUACCCUUACACCCGUUUAUUUUGGCAGUCAAAGCAAUCCAUCGUCAUCGCAGGACCUCACAUACAAGUCCUUGACACUGACACGGGUGAUGUCCUACAUUCAACCGCGAAAUGUGAGGAAGAUCGAAUCACAUCGGGACCCAUCCGUUGUGCCGCGUUGAGUGAUUGCGGAAAGUUCCUCGCAACUUCAGGAGAUGAUAAGAAGCUCAAGACCUGGCAAGUUGAUGACCUAAAACUCCUCAGUUCAAGAGUGCUGCCGAAGAAGCCAACAUAUAUUAAUUUUGCGGAUAACAAAGACAUACUCGUUGCAGACAAGUUCGGUGACAUAUUCCGUUAUCAGCUGCAUCCAAGCUCAAACGAAUCAUCAAGUGGGUAUACGCGUGACGCUCUUUCAUCUCAUGAAAAUCCCUCUGGCGGAGAACUCAUCCUUGGUCACGCUUCCCUCCUGACUACAUUUUUGAUGACCGCCGACAGGCAGUACAUCGUGACUGCCGAUAGGGACGAACAUAUUAGAGUCAGCUGGUACCCCCAGGGAUACACGAUCGAGAGCUACUGCCUCGGUCAUCAAAAAUAUGUUUCUGCAAUUCAUAUUCCUUCGUUUUCUCCAGGGACGCUCAUCUCUGGUGGUGGAGAUUCCGUGUUAAAACUAUGGGAUUGGAUGAACGGGAAACUACUACGUGACAUCGAUGUCUUUUCUGCCGUUCAACCCUUCAUCGCGGUAAGGGCGCCUAAAAAGACAAGGGAAUGGAAGGAUGAAGACGAUGAUAUAGAGCCAACUGAAGGAAAAGGAGGACGAAGAAAGAAUAAAGGGAGACGCAAAAAGAAACGAAGUGCUGACGACGGCGACGUAGACGAAAGCCAAGAUUCUGCAGUGCCUGAGAGACGACCUGGAGAAGCGUCGACAGAGGAUAGCGAGGUUGUGUUUGUGGUGCACAGGGUGGCAUCUAUCCCCUCGCUAGCGCCAAGAAUCGUGUUCAGUGUGGUCGGGGCUACUGCUAUCUUCUGGUUUUCAAUGGACGACAACUGCGAGACUUGUAUACGGCACGAACCAUUCUAUAAACCUAUCAUUGACUUCACCCUGGAAGACGAUGGGUCUGUUUGGGUUUUACUUGAUACUGAUCGAUCUUCACAAGGAGGCCGGAGCCGCAAGGGCGAAGGCGGUGACUCGAAUUUGGUUGAAGUACGACGAUGGACACCAGACAAUUUCACGGCAAGCCAUCCUCCGCCAUUAGCUUUGGCGCUCAACUCUUGUACUCUGCCCGCCACUCAAGCUGAUCUCAAAGUUCUGGACUUGUACUCUGAUCUCUUGGCGCUUCCCAAGCAUUUCGAAGCUGAGGCUGAGGACAGGACCCAGGACUUGCCUGAGAUGGGUAUCGAUGAUGCGGCAACCCCAGAUGGUGGAUCAAAUGACGGGGGCAUUACCAAGAGAGAAUUAGGGAGGUUAAAGCAUAAGCAAGCCCUGCAGCGUUUGCAGGAGGUAGGUCGGGGAGCAAGUCUGGAUUUCGAGUUAUUGCCAACGGACAGCAAGAGAGUGAAGAGUGGAGGAGGAGACACCCUUGCACUAGGCAUAGAUGGAACAUAAACUUGAACUCUGCUAUGAGUUCGUAUUUCCACCCUAUAAGCAACCCAUUCGAAAAGCACAACAGCAAACUUAGUGUACAAAUAUCUUGGUAAACACGAAAAUUUGUCUAAUCAAGAAUGAUUUAACCUU